GGGCCUGGCAGUCACAAUGGGCCACAUCUCAUCCAUAUCAUCCCUUAUGGCCUUGCAGGUUGGUGGUGGAGUUCCCAGCCACAGGAGGGGCUGUUCCAUCCUGGCAAAUCCGCACUGUAAAGCUGAUCCGCUAUGUGAGCUCCUGGGACUUUUUCAUCAUUGGUUGUGAGAUCCUCUUUUGUGUCUUCAUCUUCUACUAUGUGAUAGAGGAGGCCUUAGAGCUGAGGAUUCACAAGCUCCAUUACUUGAGCAGUGUUUGGAACAUCCUGGAUGUGGUAGUCAUCCUGCUCUCUAUUGUGGCUGUGGGCUUCCAUGUGUUCCGUACCCUAGAAGUAAACCGUCUUAUGGGGCACCUCCUGCAGCGGCCAAAUGACUAUGCUGACUUUGAGUUCCUGGCUUUCUGGCAGACACAGUAUAACAACAUGAAUGCCGUCAACCUUUUCUUUGCUUGGAUUAAGAUAUUCAAGUACAUCAGCUUCAAUAAGACAAUGACGCAGCUCUCAUCCACGCUGGCACGCUGUGCCAAGGACAUCCUAGGCUUUGCCGUCAUGUUCUUCAUCGUCUUCUUCGCUUAUGCCCAGCUGGGCUUCCUGCUCUUUGGGACCCAAGUGGAAAACUUUAGCACUUUUGUCAAGUGCAUCUUCACUCAGUUCCGGAUCAUCCUUGGAGACUUUGACUAUAAUGCCAUUGACAAGGCCAACCGAGUCCUGGGCCCUGCAUAUUUCGUCACCUACGUAUUCUUCGUAUUCUUUGUGCUUCUGAAUAUGUUCCUGGCCAUCAUCAACGACACAUACUCUGAAGUGAAGGAAGAGCUGGCUGGACAGAAAGAUGAGCUGCAGCUCUCAGACCUUCUGAAACAGGGUUACAACAAGACUCUGCUGAGGUUGCGCCUGAAGAAGGAGCGGGUCUCUGAUGUGCAGAGGGUUCUCGGAGGAGAGAGACAGCUCCAGUUCGAGGAUUUCACCAAUACCUUGAGGGAACUAGGGCAUGCCAAGCACGAGAUCACUGAAGUCACAGCAGCUUUCACCAGGUUUGACAGAGACGGCAACCACGUUCUCGAUGAGGAGGAGCAGGAAAGGAUGCGCCAGGACCUGGAGGAGGAGCGGGUGGCUCUGAGCACGGAGAUCCAGUCCCUCAGUCGGUCCCUGAGAGGCAGCCGGAAGGAUGAGGCUGGCUCCGAGGGGGCCAGGGGAAGCGUCUGGGUCUCUGGAGAGGAAUUCCACAG